AUGAAUCGACUCCUCAACAGAGCAAAAUUGUACUACAAAAAGAUCACAACGAGUCUUGGAGAGUCUCAAGAGUGUAAAGUGUACAAGAAACUGACGUAUUUCACUGAGAAGAUACUCUAUAAAGAGCUACGUGAUAUGUACAAUAUAAGACCAGUUCUAGACGAAUGCGCUGUGGUGGAGAAACAACGACAAAAAUAUAAAAAGCUCUGGGGGAGGCUUGUGAAGAACAUGAAUCAAAUCGAUUUGUAUUUGAGAAGGUACUUGGAGACUUAUAAUGAGGUCGCAGGACGACUGAAAAAGUUUCAAUUCGAUGAAAUUCAAAACAAUCUUCUUAACAUUCAGAGAUUAAAUCACGAGCUGAGGUUCAAUGAUGCAUUUUCAAAUUUGGGGUUUGACCACUUGUCUUGUAUUUGCGAAGAUAUGAACCCUCGAGACCUCGAUGUUGGGAUCCAACUUUUGCGGGUUCGCUUGAGCCUGGCGAGCGAGACUAUAAAGGCGAUCUCUUCUGCAUUUCCCUUGGUCUUCAUUUCUAAAUGUUUUAAAAAUUUGGAGACAGCGGAGGUGGUGCAAAAAGCAGAGUACAUACUUAGUGAUUUGUAUAAGCUUGGGGAGGAGUACGACGCAAUUAAAAGGAAGUCGCGACAUCCCGAAUUUGAUGACAAGCGGAUCAAAAGAAAUUUCAAUGACGUUCAGCGGUGUCAGUGUAUUUCCACAUCGAUUGGUCUUCUUCUUUUAAAUAUCAAAAGGUACAACCAGAAGUUUCUGAGUGACAUUGCUCUGAUCUUUUUAUUUCUUUAUUCCACUAAAGUGAGACCCUCCGCGAAGUAUUUUGUGCGUGAAGUCGCCAGUUUUAAUAAAGAAGAAGCCGAGAAACGGAAUUUGAAAUAUGUUGGGGAAAAAGGCGCUGUUGGAUUUUGGUAUUUAUUCCAAGAAAGGAUGGAAGAAGAGUUUCUUUAUAUUUUAAAGAAGUUUUUAAUAAAAAUGGACUGCAAAAAAGACGAAGAAAAGAACUCAGAAAAUAGAAAAAUAGAAAAUUUUGAACUUUCUGAUUCGCUCACCGAUUUUUUUAAAAACUUUUUAAAAAACUUUUCGAGUGUGAAAGACGAGGAGGAAAUCGUUUUUAAAAACGAAAAGGUGUUCUUUGAAAUCGAUAACAAUUACUUCACAAAAGAGGACGAAAUGGGGUAUUGGGAAAUAUUAAAGAAAGUCGACUUUGAGAAGGAAGCCAAGAUGAGUAAAGAGGAGACAGAAGCUUAUAACAAACUGACAAGAACUAAAAGCGAAAAACUCGAUAAAGCCGGUCAAAGACCAGAACUUAAUAUGACGUGGAACUAUAAUUUCGAUAAGAUGACUUACUUCAAUGAAUACGUCAAUGGACUGCAAGAUGAAGAAAAUGUGGAAUAUUCAGAAAUAUCACAGAUGGGAGGAGAGUGUGUGCAAUGUGAAGAAAAAGAUUUUGGGGCUCAAGAAUUUGCGGGAAUAGAGCAAAAAAGUGCGAAAGAAAAAGAGGAGGAAAUGACACUACACUCGACAUCUACUGAUAACUUGCAGCCUAAAAUUGAACAUUCACAAACAAGACAGAGUGAUAUACAGCAGAGUGAAUAUAUUCAAAUUACUACAAGUAGCGACAUUGCAAAGAAAUUGACAUCGAAAAGUGACAUGACAAAAUUUAGCGAUGAAUGGGAUGAACUGUUCCAAUACCAACCACGAACUUCUCAGUUAAAAACACUUUACUUUGUACCAACCAUCUCACCAAGACUACUCAAAGUGUUAAGAGGAGAGAUUCCAAGUGUUAUUUCACAGUCGGAUAUAUCAAAUGACGUAUCAGUUGAUAAUAAAUCGAAUGAACAAAUGUCGAAGAAACAAAGCGAAAGUGAAGUGAUGCAAGCGAACAAAAUUGAACAGCAAAUGACUUUAACAAAGACGGGAAAUCAAAAAAGGAAAAAGAAGAAGAAGAAGACGUUGAUGUCUAUAAAAAGCAUUUAA